AGUUAGUUGAAGAAUGGGUCCUGACUCUGUUUUUGAUUACUGUUGAAAGUGAAAAGAUGCUUUUAAAAGCUCUGCUUUUCAACUGCGCGGUUAGACGUGUUGCGCAGUGAUAGAAAUGACUAAGAUUUAUUUGAAAACUACUUUAACAGGUUUCAGUGUUCUGUGUAUUGUUAAUCCUCUCCAAUCUACAUUAGGGUUGUGAGGAGAAUUUUCAGUCUGAAACAAGAAUACUAUUUUCUGUAUUCAAUAGAAUAGCUUUUUAAAAGCCCUAUGGUGUUUUUGAAAUGGUUAUUAAAUAAAUGUAUUUAGCCAAUUACUUGAUCAGUUCUUGACCAAACACAAAUAGCAUUUUCUGUGAGUGAAUUGUGUAAUUUCUGCAUCAUGCUGCCAUACAUAUUUUGAAAAAUGUAAUCAUCUCACCUGCUUACCUCAGCGAUUGGUUUGAUGUCAGCCUCAGUGGCUGUCGCGGAAGAUGAGAGUGCUUAGCUUUUCUGCUGUCUCCCUCAGUCACAGCAUCAAACUCUGGCUGUGCUAGGCUGUGCAGCGCCCGUGAGCAUCGGGGCUAUAAAAGCAAUAGUAAAUUAUAAAAGAAUCAAAUUGGCCAUGGCUUCAGGUCAGGGCUCACAGACACUGCCUGAGAUGGCUGUGUCCUGUUUGUCUCUGGCCAAAACCCUGUGCCAAGACAGGACACCUGACAGCAUGGAGCUGGAAUCUCAUCAAUCUCCAUCGCUGCCUCUGGCACUGCGGAGGAGAGGGGAGAUGCACUGAGCAUGCUCCGUGCAGCUGCAGCCUGUGUAUGGAGCAUGGAGCAAGGAGGGAGGGAGAGAGAGUGAGGGGAAGGGGGGGGGGGGCUGCCUUGUAUUAGCCAAAGCUGUUGGUGACACAGUGCAGGGAUGCUGCUGCAGCUGAGAAGAGGUUUGUGGGACCGCUGGUAUCGAGGUGUGGAGAUGGUUCUGGUAUUGAGGAUGUGAUAGAGAGAGAGGUGGCCUGGAGUUGAAGACCAGCCAUCGGGGAAGAUAUUUUGGCACACCUGCGCAAGAGGUUUGGUGGGGUGUCGAGGAAAAGGAGCACUGAAAUCUGAUCAGUGUCAUUUUUCCCCUGAUGAGAAGGGGGAAGGGGGAAAGAACAAAGGGAUGACCUUCGCAAAGAUCGGCUGAACCAGCAAAAUGCAGAUUGGACAGGCCGUCAUGGAGGUAUCGAUCUGUGCCUGGUCCGUUUAAGGGAGAAAGGGUGAUUUCGUAGCUGGCACCCCUGGCAGACUCCCCUGUUUUUGAGAAAAGGAACUGAGGAAUCUGGGAAAGAGCUUUGUCAGCCCCCCCCCGGUCUCAGCAAUCCUGCUCUCAGUGCGUCCUGCUUCAGUACGUAUCUGGCUGUGGCAGACUGGUGUGUUUAUUCGUACCGUCUCUUCAGAGGAUCUGAGCGUGCGUGGAGAUGUAUGCCUUCUAUUCCCUGCUGGUCUACAUCUUCUACUCCGUCUUCAAGAAGGAGGAGGCAGCGCUGGAGGAGGAGGGCCCAGACGGAGCCACCGCUGGGGAAUCUGGGCAUGUUUCCAUGGAAACAGGGAGCAGGAAGAGAAAUGGCCACACCCCCAGUUUGAGAAGGAGGGGAUGUGGGAGGCAGUCUGACUCUGGCAGUAGUAGCAGUGAUAGUGAUGGUCUGUCACUCAGUGAAGAAGAUGAGGGGGAAGAUGAAGAACCUGGGGUGGUAGCCAGCACCCCGUUGUCUGCCUUCCUGUCCUUUAAGCAGGAGGCUGAAAAGAGGAGGCUUUCUCAUGUUCCACUGGAAACAGGAGGAAAGGUUGCUGAGUCCCCGCUGGUGGCGGUCAUGUCUCACCUGCUGAGCUUCUUGGAGCAGUACUCCCACCUGCAGCAGAUGCAGCAGCAGGCCGAGCAGUACCGGGUCCAGCUGCGGCGCCACCGGGUCCAGCACCGGCGCCAGGUCAAGGCCCUGCGCGCCUCCUACCGCCAGCGCCUGAGGGACAAGAGCACCGUCAUCAACAGCCUGGAGGAGGCCAUCGCCCAGCAGCAGAGCCCCCUGCUGGAGACCGAGGGUGAGUGUGGCGCUACCUCAGGGGCCCAGGGGGGGCUGCAUAAGCUGGUGGAGUCUCUGUGUGGCCUGCAGGGGGAGAGGAGUCAGCUGAAGGGGGAGCUGCGCUCUCUACACACCCAGCUGGAACAGAAAGACCAGGACCGACACUCCCGUGUGCUGGCCUUUCAGCAACAGAUUGAUGAGUUGAAGCACUGCAUCAAGGAGAGAGAGGACGAGCUGGCCAGACUGAGAGCUGAAUCUGGAGUGACGGACUCUGAGAAGCGAGUGCUUUGCUUGUCAGCUGAGAAUGAGAGUCUGAAGCAGAGCCUGAGUGUGACCCAGGGCCUCCUGCAGCAGCUCUCUGUCAUUCCGUCCCAGUCCAGCUCCAUGCUCAUCAAGGAGAAUGAGACCCUGCGGAGCCGCGUUCAGCAGCUUGAGAGCUCCCUGCAGCAGCGUGGGGAGCAGCUGUCCCUUCUGGAGCGCAGGAGCGACCAGGCCGAGUGGAGGCGCACGGAGGAGCUCAGGAGGAGGGAGGAGAGACUGAGGGAGCUGCAACUGGAGCUGGACAAGGAGCGUGGCAAGGAGCCACUGGUCAAGUAUGUCACUCAGACAGUAGAGGUGGAGUCACCCUCAACACUGAGGCAACUGGCAGAGGCCAAAGAGAGGAAUGAACGAUUGGCUGAGAAGCUGUCCAAUCAGAAUGAGAAGUGCCGGGAAUUGGAGGACCUUCUCAGGCAUUCAGACAAGGUCACGGCUAACCUGAAGCAUAAGAUUGCUGCUUAUGAGGUGGAGAUUGGGAAACUUCGGGAGGAGCUGCUAAAGGAGAUUGGCCACCUGGAAGAGCGUAAGGAUGAAGCUGUGAAGGCUGCAUCUGAGUGCUCUGAGCAGCACCUGCACAAUCUGCAGGCACAGUUUACAGGCCUGCAGCAGCGCCUGGCUGCCCUGCCCCCCACCCUGCGCUCCAUGAAGACGGAUUACGCCAGCCUGCGCAGCCAAGUCCGCAACUUCUCCGACUUCUACGGAGCCGCCGUCAGCGAGGCCCGGAAACAGCUUACAGCUGUGAUCAGUGAGAUGUCAGAGGCCAACAAGGAUCUGCUGGAGAAAUACAGGAAGGAAGUGGCUUUACGCAGGAAGUACCAUGAGCAGCUGGUGGAGCUCAAAGGUAACAUCCGUGUGCUCUGUCGUGUGAAGCCUGUUCUGAAGGAGGACCAGCAUGAUGAGGGGCAGGCAGUUGUUGUGACAACAGACCCAAAUAACGAAUCAGCUGUCACAGUGAUGAGCAAGGGCAAAGGCCGCACAUUUGAACUGGACAAAGUCUUCCACCCACAGGCUACACAAGAGGAGGUUUUCCAAGAGAUUGAGCCUCUGGUGACGUCCUGCAUCGAUGGAUAUCAUGUCUGCAUUUUCGCUUAUGGGCAAACGGGAUCUGGCAAAACCUACACUAUGGAGGGCAGUGUGGAGAAUCCAGGCAUUAACCAACGAGCCCUGAAACACCUCUUCAGUGAGAUAGAGGACAGGAAGGACAUGUGGAGCUACUCCCUCAGUGUCAGCUCUGUGGAAAUCUACAACGAGGUCCUCAGAGACCUGCUCAGUAAGGAUGGUGAGAAGCUGGACAUCAAGUUAAAUCCAGAUGGGACCGGCCAGCUGCACGUCCCUGGCCUCAGGGUCAUUGAGGUCAGGAGUUUCCAGCACAUUAAAAAGAUCCUGGCCAUUGCCCGAAGGAAUCGUAUUACGUUUGGCACCCAGAUGAACCAGCAUAGCUCUCGCUCCCAUGCCCUGCUCACCAUCACCGUACUGGGCACUGACCUUGCCAGUGGUGCCAAAACCACCGGUAAGCUGAACCUGGUGGACCUGGCUGGCUCGGAGCGGGUGUGGAAGUCGGGGGCAGAGGGGGAGCGCCUGAAGGAGGCCCAGAACAUCAACCGCUCCCUGCUGGCCCUGGGGGACGUGAUCCAGGCCCUGAGGGGCCGUCAGACACACAUCCCUUUCAGAAACUCCAGGCUCACCUACCUGCUGCAGGACUCUCUCGGCAAAGGCAACAAGACAGCCAUGGUGGUCCAGAUUUCUUCUCUGGAGAGGAACGUGGGUGAGACUCUGUGCUCGCUGAAGUUCGCCCAACGGGUGUGUAAGGUAGAGCUGGGACCUGCUGCUCGGAAGAUUGAAACUGCAGGCCAGUGUGAAAACUUCUCUUAAACCACCAUCACCAUCCACCCAACGGCCAACCAAAAACCUCCUGGAAAAAUCCAGACGCUGAACUGUAGGUCCUGACUUCCUGCUUAAGGGCUACAACUGUGAUGGUUGAAAUGAGACAUUUGGGUUGUGUGAAUAGGUAUGUGGGUUUGGGUGGGCAUAAAGAAGAAAUAGAGGGAGAAUGCCUGCUAUGGUGCUUGGAAACAGCUUUUUCACUGAAUCAAGUUGCAUGCAAACCUACAGCACUUCCCGUAGUGAAACAGCACACCCUCAGUGCCAAAACAACCUCUGCCUCACUGACCUCUUCAUUGGGUGCAACCUACAUGCUCGGUGCUGUCAUGUCAUAUUAUUAAGCAGGAAUGGUGUUCCUCUGACCUGACAGUUGUAGAGUAGUGCUCCACAGACAUUAUUGCAGGACAAGGAUUUGAGUUCAGCAACAAAAAUGUCCAGGCAUUGCCAAUUGCUAUGUUAUGUGCUUUUACAAUAUAAUCGAAAUAUAGCCUGACAAUUUAUAUAUAUUACUGAUUAAAUUCUAAUUUAUAGGUUAAGGUUGGUUACAGUUAUUAGCCUAUAUUGUUACUGUGAUUAGAAGCUAUAAAGUAUUUUGUGGGGAGGGUUGUGGGCUAAGAAUAUUGGAAUUUUUACAAGGAUUUCUCAGAAUAACAACCUUGUGCAAUUCAUGUUGUGCUGAAAUUCUUUUCCCUGAAAAUGGUGUUUCCAUAAGUGUCUUCUCAUGUAGAACUCCAUUAGCCUAAUUUCUAUAGAAACAAAAAAUUGGUGAAUCAAGUUUAAAAUAGCAGGGCUUACCCUGAGCCUCAUUUCAUUACUACAAAUUUAAAACAUUUCCUAAAUGAAUAAAACUUGGUGAGAAUUUAAAUGCAUAAUAGCACUUUAUGGAAACAUCAAUGGCUAUUUAGGGGUGGGAUCACCAUUUUUAUGAAAAGAAAAUAUUUUCUGCUUUUCAGAUAGAAAUAAGUAGGUGCUUUAUGUAUGUGACAACUUGCAGUAAAUGUUAUGCCAAAAAAUAGCUUUGUUGUAGUUUUACAGGUGAGUUUCUACUAAUACCUAGCUAGCCAUUGCAGUACAGUUGACUGAGCUGUCAGAUGAAAAUGUUUAUAUAACUUUGACAACUUAGAAGAUAACUAUGAUGUUCCUCUUCAAGGGCUUUUCACAAUAGCCGAAAUCAGAAAAGAGUGGGUUUUUAGACUAUGCCAAUCAAGGAAAAUUAGGAAUUGGUGCAUUUACAAUGUGCAAAUAUUUUACACGCAAUCACGCUGCAAAAAGUAACAGCUGUAUAUCUCAAGCAGUGCAUGUGUGUUUUUGAUUGGCAGAUUGCACAUAUCACACACAAAAACUGUCUAGGCCAAUUGAAAACAUGCACAAAAACGGAAAUACCUUUUUUUUUAAUGCCAAUAAGUUAACUUAUCCCUUUCAGGCAUUUUUACCACACCACUUAUUUUUGCUAGUAUAAACAGCACCUUUAUCAUUUUACUGUUGUGUCAGGUAGAGCAAUGGAUUAAACUAUGUGCAACUGUCUACUGGGUGUUGAAUUUUAAAAAUCUGACCCAGCAAAUUAUAAAGCCAGCAUAUGUAGCAGACUUUACUUUUGGAUUGUGUCAUACACCUUCUUGAAAGGAAAACAACCUUAAACAUCAGUUGUAUUAAAAUCUGGUUUUGCUGAUGGGACAACAUUUUUGGUGUAAUUCCAGCAAAAAAGUACUCUCAACACAAAGGCUAAAGUAACAGGUAACCUUCCUUCUCACGUAAUCCAUGACCUGUGGGGAAAGGCAACCUUUUUACUGUUGUGCAUUUUUCAACAAAUUCUUAGACACACACACUAUUGGUAUACCAGAAAUGAUAAAGAGCCCCCUUAUUUAGUCUAGAGAACAAAGUACCGCUAUACUGUAACAUGGUACUGAUAGUAGUACUGUAUUUAACUGCACUUUAUCGGUGUAAUAAAUCCACACGUGAUGUGAUGGAAUGUGACUUAGAUUGAGUUUAUGUGCCCAGGUGAUAAUGGUAAGGUCAGUACAUCUGUAUUGUGCAAAGAAUAUUUUUUCAAUUAUACCCUGCUGAAUAAUUUCAGUUCCAUGCUGUCAACAAAAUGAGAUUCGUACAGUUCUGUUAAUACCAGUAGCGGCUUGAGAACUUGAAAAAGUGGUGGCAGAAAUCGUACCUUUGCUGACUAAUUCUCAACCAAAUUAAAUUUUACUUGGUUAUCAGGCACAGCAAUUAUGUGAACAAUCAAUUGGAAUUCCAAAGUUAUCCAACCGCAGCACACAGUAUAGGGUAAUUUCCUUCACAUCAAGUAGAAGAAAGUCUACGAUAAAUAGUGAACUCAACCGAAUAAUUAUAAAGAUUAUUCAACGUGAUUCGAAGUACAGCCCUACCCACCUGUUGGUAUGGAUUAUUUGGCUCAUGAAAUUGCUAAUCAAGGAGAAUGAACAGAGAGCCAUGAAAUGUGAGAUUUCUGCCACUUUCUCUUUCUAUUUUACCAGCUGCACCUGAUACGCAUUUUGAGUGUCCCUCUGGUCUGGACAGUGAAAGCAUGAAUCCCAAAGGUAUUGAUUUUUCUACAAAGACACAAUAAUGUACACCUUCACCUCAAAAAAUCUACUAUUUUACUGGAAAAAGAUAUUUACAAAAGUGGAUGUAAAAAUAAAAGGCGUACACAAACAA